AUGAUUUCAGGAAAUGUUAUUGUAGGUAUUGAUUUAGGUACAUCAAAUACAUCUUGUACAUUUGAGCAGAAUGGUAGCCCAGAGAUAUUAAGAUUUAAUGGUGCUUCUCUUUUACCUUCUUAUAUAUUUGAACAAUAUGAUGAAGAUAAAAAGAAUAUAUCCAAUGCAAUGGGUCCUACUAUUAGAGAUUUAGCUGCAAGCUACAAUAAAAAGUUACUAUUUGGAGCCAAAAGACUACUUGGAAGAAAUUUUGAUCAUGAAAAAGUUCAAGAGUUCAUUAAAAUACACAAGGACAAGGUAGAUAUAGUUAAUCAAGAUAAUAAACCUCUUUACAAGAUUACAUUUGAAGAUUACAAUAAAACUUACUACAAAAAACCAGAAGAUGUUUCUUCCGAUCUUUUAGGCUUCGUAAGAGAAACAUUCGCUAAAUGUCAUGGUUCCCAAAUAGAUGCAUGUGUUAUUACAGUCCCUGCAAAUUUCAAUACAAAUCAAAGAAGAGCAACUCAAAAUGCUGCACAGAAAGCAGGCCUUAACUGUUUACGACUUGUUAAUGAACCUACAGCCGCCGCAUUUGCAUAUAAACAAUCCCUUGAUGAAGUGACUUUAAGGGAAAAUCAAACAAUUAUAGUUUUCGACUUCGGUGCUGGUACUUUAGAUGUUUCCGUUGUAGUUUUUAAUAACAAUGACUUUGUUGUAAAAUACAUAGAAGGCAAUAGCGACCUUGGUGGCCAAGAUUUUGAUAAUAUUUUGUAUGAAUAUAUCAAGGAACAGUUCAAAAAACAGUAUAAAGACGUAACUGAUGCAGAUAUUAACUACAGAGCAGCUAAUUUACUCAUGCUUAAUGUUGAAAAAUGUAAAAUUGCUUUAAGUGCAACAAAAAGAUACGAUAUCGUAGUACAGCCAUUUGCGAAAGGUAUAGAUUUGAAUAUGAAAAUCAUCCAAAGCAAAUACCAAAGUUUAAUUGAAGAUAAAGUUUAUCAAGCCCAAGAUGUUUUAGCCAAAGCAAUUAAAGGCGCCAAAAUAGAUCCUAACUCAAUUACAGCUGUUAUUCCAAUUGGUGGAACAUGCAGAACACCUUUAGUUGCUGAAAUGUUAAAUUCAUUCUUUAAUGGCGAAGACAGUAAGAAAUACGGCAUCGUGUUCAAUAAACCAAUCAACAUUGUUGAGAAAUUAAGCUUCGAACAUUCAGUUUCUGAUGGCGCAUAUUAUAUUGCAAAAUUACUUGCAUCAGGAAAAGAACUUGGUGACAAAGUUGAAACUAGAAAAGUUUCAAAACCUAAACCAGCACCGAUUUUCCAGGACAAACUUGCAAAUUACGUUGGAAUGAUGAUGGCAGAUGGAAAUCCUUGGUGGGUGUUCCCUAACGGAGCUCCUUUCCCACUGGAAGAUAAUGUUCCUGUCCUAAAUGACCCUUGGAAACACUCAAUGUCCUUUUCCGUCAUUGAAGGUAAAAAAGAUGAUAAACAAUUCUCAAGAAUCAUAAAAGUACAGGUAGAUAAUAUACCUGAAAGUGCAAAACAUUUAAUAACAACCCUCAAAUAUGAUGAAAAUGGAAUUUUGGAAGUAAGAUUAGCAGAUAAAACAACAGGAUUCGAAAAAUUCGUGAAAAUAACAAACGAAUUUCAAUGUUCACCUGAGGAAAUACAAUCAUCCAGAAGAGCUAAUGAUGAGAACGUUGAUUUGAAUAUUCUUGAACAUAAUUUCAGGAAAAAAUUGGAUAAUCUUAAAUCAAAGGUAAAUAAAGAGAAAAGAAAGGCUUCAAAUAAAAAGCCUUAUAAUGAUUUGCUUAAUAGAAUUGAUGAACUUGAUGAUGAAUCACAGGAAGAAUUUGAUCAUAAAAAUCAUCCAAAAAUAUUAGAUGAAAUCGAAAGAGAUUUCAAAUCCUUGUAA